CACGCUAUAUAGCACUUUGUAACUAUGAACACCAAAGUAAUUAUCCUCUUAACGUUGCAAUUGCUGACGUUGGUGAUAGCUGGUUCAGGCCAAGAAGAUGGAAAUAGUUUGGAGUAUCUAGAAGGGAAACUCAUGAGGGCGAUGGACGAAAUCAACAGAAAGGACAUCAUUGACGUUUACGACGAUAUAAUAACCCUGGAAAAGAUUACGGAGGAUGGUGAACCAUCGGAAGAGAGCGCGGAUCCGCUCGUAAGCAGGAUCGAAAAAUUCCUGAGAACUCGAAAAAUUCAAAUUAAUCUUCCUAAUGACGCUUCAACUGCUGGUUUGUUCGCACGCGCUCUCGGUCAGAGAAACAUCGAUAUAGAACUCAGAAGCUUGGCACGUGGAACAUCCGAAGCACGCACGAAAUUGAAGAGAAUGAUUAUGCCACUUUUGAUUUUGCUGAAGCUAAAAGCAAUAAUCGUUCUACCUAUCGUAAUUAGCAUGAUCGCUCUGAUAGGUUUGAAGGGCUUGGGCGCAGGUCUUGUGUCGCUCUUGAUUUCUGGCGCGGUAGCUUUGAAGGCCCUUGUUACACCACCUCCGCCUGCAAGAGUCUCCUAUGGAAUUGUAAGACCGCACGAAAUUCAUCAUGAUCACUGGCACAGGUCAGAAGAAGAGGUCAAUCAACCUUACAAAGGCUGGACACCGGAAUACAAUGGCGAACAUUAUCCAUAUCAUGACAUUCCAUAA